AUCGUAACUUCGAGAGAAGUUGGAUUAAAUUGAUUUUAAUUAGUUGUUAUAAGAAUAAGAGUAGGUAAUUAAUUAAUUUAGAAAGAUGAAGUUUGUUCUGGUUCUUUUUGUUGGUCUUUUAAUAAACGCGCAAGGUUAUAGAAUAAUAAAAUAUGAAAAUGACGUCAGCUCAAAUGAUCCUGAUAAGUUAGAAACAAAACAUUCUACAACAGCACAGCCUACUGAAAUCAAAGCGGAACCUACUAAUCCUUCAACAGAACCUACUAAUCCUUCAACAGAACCUACUAAUCCUUCAACAGAACCUACUAAUCCUUCAACAGAACCUACUAAUCCUUCAACAGAACCUACUAAUCCUUCAACAGAACCUACUAAUCCUUCAACAGAACCUACUAAUCCUUCAACAGAACCUACUAAUCCUUCAACAGAACCUACUAAUCCUUCAACAGAACCUACUAAUCCUUCAACAGAACCUACUAAUCCUUCAACAGAACCUACUAAUCCUUCAACAGAACCUACUAAUCCUUCAACAGAACCUACUAAUCCUUCAACAGAACCUACUAAUCCUUCAACAGAACCUACUAAUCCUUCAACAGAACCUACUAAUCCUUCAACAGAACCUACUAAUCCUUCAACAGAACCUACUAAUCCUUCAACAGAACCUACUAAUCCUUCAACAGAACCUACUAAUCCUUCAACAGAACCUACUAAUCCUUCAACAGAACCUACUAAUCCUUCAACAGAACCUACUAAUCCUUCAACAGAACCUACUAAUCCUUCAACAGAACCUACUAAUCCUUCAACAGAACCUACUAAUCCUUCAACAGAACCUACUAAUUCUUCAAUAGAACCUACUAAUUCUUCAACAGAACCUACUAAUCCUUCAACAGAACCUACUAAUCCUUCAACAGAACCAACUAAUCCUUCAACAGAACCUACUAAUCCUUCAACAGAACCUACUAAUCCUUCAACAGAACCUACUAAUUCUUCAACAGAACCUACUAAUUCUUCAACAGAACCUACUAAUUCUUCAACAGAACCUACUAAUUCUUCAACAGAACCUACUAAUCCUUCAACAGAACCUACUAAUUCUUCAACAGAACCUACUAAUCCUUCAACAGAACCUACUAAUCCUUCAACAGAACCUACUAAUCCUUCAACAGAACCUACUAAUCCUCCAACAAAACCUACUAAUCCUACAACCAAAUACCCGAUUCUCCUGGAAAAGCGACAAACAUUGUGGCCUCAACAAUUGUUUUUGCUUCUGCUUUAUUAUUACUUUUGUAAAUAAUUCGAUUUAUAAAUUAUAUAACAUUCUAACUUUAAAAAGCUUAUUUAAGCUAUUCAUUUAAAACAUUUUGUGAAUUAAAAUGAGGAAAUUUUUGCCAAUUGAACCUUAUAAUUUUCGUCAUUUCGCUAAAUUACCAGGAUUUUAUAAUUUUUU